ACACCCGAUGAUCCGCGAGGCGAUCCACGGGAUUCGAGGCAACGCUGCGAUUCUGCAAUGGUUCACAUUACCAGUGGGCGGGGGUGGUGCUGUGCUGGUGCUCAGCGAGCUUGAAAGCAUGGCGGCCAGGCAACAGCGGGAAAUUGCCCAACAGAGGCGCCUCCUGGAGCAGAGAGAAGCCCGUCUGGCCGUGCUUCGAGGCGCACAGGAGCCAGCACAGCAGGACAAGCUCGCCAGAUUGAGGCACAGGCUGGACCAACAACAGAGCAAGCUGAAUCGGUUGCGAUUGCUCAGAUCGCAGACCGACCAGUCGCGUGCCAACAACGCCACGCUGACCUCGGAUCUGGACUGCAUAAGAGCGCUGUUCAACGAGAAGGAGAAGGAACUCUCGUUAGCGGUGGCGAAGGUCGAGGAGCUGACACGGCAGCUGGAGGAGCUCAGGGGUCGGCAGAACGCUGCCGGGACCGGGACCGGAAGCGGAGGCGCCGGUGGCGUCGGCGGCGGUGGUGUCGGCGGACCUGGCAGUGGACACUUGUCGACACCGGCCAGCGCCGAGCUCGAGAAGCUCAGGAGAGAACUAAUGUACCGUAACAAGAUGAACGAGCAGCAGAACCAAGUGGUGUCCCAGCAACGAUUGGCCCUGGCGCAACGGCAAGCGGAGAUGGCGUCGAUCGACGCUAGGAUAGCCCAGCUACAGGGUCGUCUUCAGCGUAAAAGAGCGUUGAAUCAACGACUCAGCCAGCAGCUAGGCUCCGGGAAUCGUGGGAACACGAACAGCGGUUUCACGGAAUCGAAGCUCGAGUUCAACGCCGGCGGUAAGUCCAGGCCCGCCGGUAACAUAGCGGCGAUCGAACCGUACUCCCACAUACCAAACGACAACGACUUCAAUUUGAACAAGAACGAUCCGAAGUACCAAACCUUGCCGUACAACACCAAGUUCACGGUGAACUUCAAGGCCGCGGAGGAUGACGUGAACAAGAACAAGAUCCAACACUCGGCAAGCGCCUCGCAGCUAGGCCAGAGGGUCGCCUUUCAGCAGUUUGGCCAUCAGAUCGCGCACAGUCAGUCCCAAUCCCAUAUCCAAGGCACGAACCAGCAGCAGUACAAUCAAAAUAUCGCCAGCCAGUCCGUGAAUCUCCAGCAGACGUGCAACAACAACAACAACAACAACAACAACAACAACAACAACAACAACAACAACAACACCGGUCACAACUUUAGUCCGGACGGUUUAUCGCAGAAUCUUCGAGUUCACCAUCAACAGCAACCGCAGACGCAGCAGCAGCAGCAACACGGGAACAUUCAACAGAAACAGCACACUAUCGGUUCCUCAGCGUCCAACCUGGGCACAACAGUAUCCAUCACGCAGACCCAAAAUCAUCGGAACCUUCAAACCCAUCAGAAGCCUGUGUCCAGCGUGGCGCCGAGUUUCUCCGUCAAGUCCCAGAUCUAUCAGACAUCCUCGACGAAGAUCCAUCCGGUCAUGCCGCAGACCUUGAGUCUGAUCGGUCGUGGACACGCGAACGCUCAGAACUUCGUUGGACUGGGCACGCAGAACGCGAACCAGCAGCAGCAAUUGAACCAGUCGGUUACAAGUAGUCAGACCCCCAGUCAGGAACAAACAUAUACCUCGAGGCUCAACUAUCCAGGCAUUCAGCAGCACUCCACCCAAUCGAACACCCACGUCUCCUCUCCCAUAGCCUAUCAGUCUCAGAUCUCCCCGAAUUUACCGCCUGCUAUGCACACAACGUCCAGCGGGGCCAAUUUUGGUAACUCGGUUCCGAGAUACAACCAGAACCAGCAACCGAUAACCAGUCCCACGUCCAGUACAGAACAAACCGAUAAGAUGAAGUUCGAGGCCAAGGAGAAGUUCGAGCACGCGUUGCCGGCCAAGCACGAGCAACAGAGGUACGAGCCUAACCCGACGAACAAGUAUGACACGGUCAAGCUCGAGCAGGGGAAGUACGAGGGUGGCGGUCAGACGAAACACGAACAACUCCAUGUACCCAAAUACGAUCCCAAUCAGAACACUCAGCAAUACGGUAAACACGAUCAACACGAGGUGAGACCGUCCGUGAAACACGAGCACAACACAGCGUUCAAGCACGAUCCCUCGACUAAGUACGAAGGUGGACAACAGUUCAAGCAGCAGGAGCCGGCCCCGAAGUUCGAGAACGUUCAGAACAAGUACGAGCAGAAUUCCACGACGAAACACGAGCACAACGGAAAGUUCGAGAUCACAGCGAAAAUGGCGGAGAAACCAAUCGAAUUCGAGAGGCUCAAGGCCGAGAACGAGAGGAAGGGCUCAGGGGAGAUACGGGGCGAGGACAAGACCAAGCCGGCGCUACCACCGAAACCGAUUAAGCCUAACCCACCGCCGAGAUUGACCCAUCACGAGAAGGUGGACAAUUCUGUGGACGUAAUGGGUGAUUGCAAGAACAAUAUGGGAAUCGGUCCAAGAACGGAGAAGGAAGAGGACGCCCCACCGAUACCCACGUCGGAACCCCCGGAAUCACCCACGGAGACCCAGUUCGGCAACCACCAGAUCAUCAAAGCCAGGCCUCUGACACUGAAGAAGGCGCCGAUCUCCGAGCAGCCAAGGCUACGUUACGCCAAGUCAAAUGUCCACGUGUCGAUAAACCGGCGGAUUGAGAUGCCACCGGCGUUCCUGUUCCCGGAGACCGAGAUUCCAGCGGAUCUGAUGCAAACCGAGCAGCAACAACAGCAGCAGCAGCAACAACAACAACAACAACAACAGCAGCCUCAGAUCAUCGACACGACGGACAAUUGCAAGGUGAGCAUCGGCGAGGACGUGAUCAACAAUGAGAAGCUAGAGGAGUCUGACAUCAUCGACGCCCUGAACGUGAUCAACAUUGAGGAUAAAGCGAAGGCGCAGAAAGACUCGGAUAGAAGAACUGACCUAGACGUGGACGCGAAGGGUGGAAACGAGGUAAUGAGGAGGAAGAAAGGGAACCUGAAGUCCAGCACAGGAAAGGCAAACCUCUCGAGAAGAGUGUCGUUCGAUCCCCUCGCUCUAUUGUUGGACGCUAGCCUCGAGGGUGAGCUCGAGCUGGUGAAGAAGACCGCCAAGGAGGUCGCGAAUCCCAGUUCGGCCAACGACGAGGGCAUCACAGCGCUUCACAACGCCAUCUGCGCUGGUCACCUGGAGAUCGUCAAGUUUCUUGUCGAGUUUGGAUGCGAUGUGAACGCGCAGGACAGCGACGGAUGGACGCCGCUACAUUGCGCCGCAAGCUGCAACAAUUUGUCGAUGGUGCGAUUCUUGGUGGAGCACGGGGCCUGUAUCUUCGCCACCACCCUCUCCGAUCACGAGACCGCCGCGGAAAAGUGCGAAGAGGACGAGGAGGGCUUCGACGGCUGUUCCGAAUACUUGUACAGUGUCCAAGAGAAGCUGGGCAUAAUGAACAACGGGCAAGUGUACGCGGUGUUCGAUUACGAGGCACAGCACAGCGACGAGCUGACCCUGAAGAACGGCGACUCUCUGGUUGUGCUUCGAAAAGGCGAUGACAACGAAAGGGAAUGGUGGUGGAGCAAACUGGGACACAAAGAAGGCUACGUGCCCCGAAAUUUACUUGGCUUGUAUCCGAGGGUGCAGCCGGGAAAGGUGGACUGAGGCGCGUGAGCUCGAAAUAAAUCCGAUGAUUGAUCAUUACCACAGUAUUCGAUUCGCAGCUUUAUCUCGUUAAGUAUCAUAGUUGCAUCCGUCGUCGCAUUACCAAUGUCAUAUCCUAUUUAAUCG